AAAUUUUGUUUCCAAUUUAGGGUAUGUAAUAAAUACAAAACUGUCUAUAUACCUUUUGUAUACAAGUGCAUAUACAUAUAAAACACCAUAAAAAUACACCACAUUAUGCUUCAAUUGAAGUAAUUACUUACAAUGAACAGCGGUCUUUGCGAUCCAAUCAAAUAAUUGUAUUAUACCAGUUACCAACAUGCGUUUCGUCUUCUUCUUCGUGUAGGAGUACUCGAUUUGCAAACCAUACUGGUUCCACUGUACCUACAGAAAGUGUUGGUAUCCACGGUGGUUGGGAUCAAGGAUCAGAUUUAUAAAACAUCUAUUCAAUUUUAGUCUAUUCCUCUUCUUCGUGUAGGAGUAAUCGAGUUGCGCACUAUACUGGUUCCACUGUACCUACAGAAGGUGUUGGUAUCCACGGUGGUUGGGAUAAAGGAUCAGACUUACGAACAGUUUCGAAACUUCGUCUGUGGCAUCGAGGACGCUGCGAGGCAAAUAAUAUACGACAGAAAGCCUGGCAACGAAAAUAUUGCCAUGUACAACCAGGCCGAUAUAGACGAAUCGAAAUCGGAGAAUUUGUACGAGCUGCUUGAACCGGAGAGAUUUUUCAAGAUGACGGGAGAAUACUCGACAUGGCAAGUCGCAGCAGAAGAAACCCAUCUACGUGCCAAGACGACUGGCGCCAGGAAGACAACUCAAUCAGCGAGUUAUUCACCACAGAAAGAUCGUGUACCGGUACUACCACCCAGAACUAUUGCCCGGAGAAAAGUUCCACCUCCCCCGCGUCUACCCUCACCAGACUAUAACCGAACAGAACAAAUACGGCAGCCAUGGAAAGCCAGCAUCACAGGCGAGACAACCCAGUCCAAGAAUCGCCCUAAACAGCGAGAUAGCCAAUUCAUUUUACCACACAAAAGUAAUCUGGAAGGUUUCGUGUUUAGACUCAAGCGACCGCGUCCACUUCCCUCCCCGGUCCCGCAAAAUGAUGAUGGUUUGUGUGGUAACAAUACGGCACCACCGCUACCCGAACGUGACCCAGUUCAGCAGCCAGAGCGUGCAUCUCCAGAGGAGGCUAGCAACAAAAGUGUGAAUGCGUACGUCAAUGCCAUAGAAAGAGCUGUGGUAGCUCCGUACGUAGCCAGUACGUCAAGUGAAGGUGUCAUGGGUACAGAGGAGAAAAAGGUCCACGAGUUAACGAUAACUGAGCUAGGAGUCAACCUGAAGCGUCUGCGGCUAGACAGACACGUGGAUGCGUUCAGCAAAGAAGGAAUCGACGGAUACCUGCUCUGUAAGUUGACCAACAACGUCCUGGCCAAGGACUUCAACUUCACAGAACUGGAGACCAUAAAGGUGAUGGCGUUCAUUGAGACUGGACAUAUCCCGCAGUGAAAAGGAAUCUGCUACAAAUGGAAUGACUGAUAGUGAAAUAAUGUAGUGUUUAAUACGACCUCACACCGAAAUAGUGCACGAUAUAAAACGGAAAUCAAAAAGUGAAAUAUGUGUGGUACAAAACAAAAACCACAAAGUGACAUGAUGCAUGGCUCACAACGAAAUUUACAGUUAUCAAGUACAUGUACAUAAUAGAAAAAGAAAAUUCCACCAUUGAAUAUUAUGUAUUUUCAAACGACAAAACAAUUGUGGAUUAGCGCACGACACAAAACGAAAAUCGAACAGUGAAAGAGGACAUGGUUCAAAGUGGGUUUGAAAUUAACAUAAGUGAUUUCCCUAGAAAUUUGGCAAGGCAUGGUAGACCAAACACUUUUGGGACAUUUUCACCAUUUUCGGGGCACUUGUAUAUCAUUAACAAUAGACAGAAAUUAAUUGAAAUAAAUAU